AACUUCCAUUCAAUUUAUUCAAGAAACUUAAUUCAAUUUGAUAUUAUUGUCUUGCAUUAAACGAGAUUUCAGAUAUUAUGUAUGAGUUGAAUGUUUGUUCUAUAUUUUAAAUCAAGUUUAUGUAAUUUUGUCACCUGAAAUGGCCAGGGAUGUGCUUCUUGUAGAAGAGACCAGUUAAUUAGCUCAUUAUUCUCUCAAAACAUUCCUCAGCUAGAGAAAAAUGGAGGAAUCCCGGCAGCCGCCGCCGCCGCUAACUUCCGGCAAGCUAUCUCACAAGAUCAUCAAAAUCGCCGCCGGCGAAUCUCACACUCUGGCUCUCACCGGGGAUGGGAGCGUCUACUCUUGGGGUAGAGGAAUGUUUGGCCGGCUCGGAACCGGAUCGGAAUCAGACCAGACUUUUCCGGUCAGAGUUGAAUUUUUUAGCUCUGCCGCUGUUAGGAUUGUGGAUAUUGCUGCUGGGGCUUAUCACAGUCUAGCAGUUGCAGAUGAUGGAUCUAUUUGGGGAUGGGGUUAUAAUAUAUGUAUCCUUUGUUUUUGGUUUUUUUCAUCUUUCUUUUUCCUAUUACCCUUGCUGCAUUUAAUUCAGAAAUACAUUCACUUUUUAUCCAUUUUGUUAACCCUUGACCGAUACAUGGACGGCCAAGUUGGUGCAAAUGGAGAAAAUCUUUUAGCUCCUCAAUUGUUGGAGGGAUUCCUCGAGUUGGGUUUGGGUUCCCCAAAUGCCUCAGGAGAGGAAGCGGAGAGGACGAAGUUAAUGGUUUCUUCUGUCAAUGCUGGAGGAAUGAUGUCUCUAGCAAUUGACAGUCUUGGAGGUCUCUGGAUAUGGGGCAAUUGCCCUCAGCCACAACAAAGCAAGUCCACUAAUGCCAAAGACUCCCGUGCCUUCACCACCUCUAACCCAAUGCCUGUAUGGAGCUUCCAUGGACGCACUGUUGUCAAGGUGGCAUGUGGGAACGAACAUGUUGUGGCUUUAGUCACCAUAGGAGAAACUUACAAAGAGAAGAAUGACCUGGUGUGCUAUUCUUGGGGUGGGAACAGCCACGGCCAGCUAGGCUUGGGGGACGAGGAAAGCCGUGUCUCGCCUGAAACUAUUGAACCCUUUGAUUCCAAAUCCCCUUGGACAGUUUAUGACGUGGCGUGUGGGGCUUUCCACACGGCUUUACUAGCGGAGAAAACCCAAAGUGGCGUAUUGGAAAGUGUUUGCUGGACGUUUGGCCUUGGCGAAAAUGGGCAGUUAGGUCAUGGCACAAGUCGAAGCCAUUCAUCACCUGAACUGGUGAAAGAAUUGCCUAAGGGCGCGUCUUUCAUUUCGGUUGGCUGUGGCUUGUUCCACACCAGUGUCGUCUCCUCAGCCGGAGAUGUUUGGUCGUGGGGAAUGGAAAAGGGCAUGGGACUAUGCCCUGACUCAAGGUUCACCGGGGACGAGACCGGCGAUGCAAUGUCACCCUUGUUGAUCUCUCGCGAAUACGGGCACCCUAAGUUUCAGGAACCGGUUCAGGUCGUCUGUGGUGCUGCACACACUGUUCUCCUCUCCGAUUCCGGAUACAAGAUCUGGUCGUGGGGCCGGGGACGCAGCGGGGUUCUUGGAAAUGGACAAACAACCAACACUUUCGUCCCAACCCCUGCUGUGUGGCCCCCACAACCGUCUCCCAGCGAAGGUAACAACAAAGGAGUAAAUAAAGAAGAAACGGAACGUAACAAGGAUGUCCUUGAAAUGGAGGAAAAGCUAAACGCAGCAACGAGGGAGAUAAAACAACUCCAGACCAAACUAUCCGCAAUGGAACGAUACGCGGGCAUGCUUCACAGCUCUAUCUUUGGGAGACCGUUCUGUCCAGAGCGCGACAUCCCUGCCUCAGUGGAGGGCACGCUCGGAAUUGCAAACGACUGGGAAAACAUGUUGGAGGGUUUGGAUCGCGAAAAGCUCUUGAGGUUGGAGACUUUCUACCAUAACUUGCUUGGAUGUGUCAAAGAUAACAUAUUGAAGAAACGGAUCAAGGAGAUCGUCAUCGACUGCCUUGGCUCUUCUUCCACACAUUAGCUUUUUGUUUUCUUUGGCAACUUUUGGUGGGAGGCAAAAAUGAAAGGUAAGUUUUGUAUCCUUCACACCCAAAAACUUUCAUGGUGGGAUGUCUUUUGUGCAUUGGGCAAUCCUUUUUUUUUUGUAAAUUGCAUCCAAACUCCAUAGAUUGCUUGUUUUCUCCAAGAAACAUGUUUUUUUGUAUAGUCAAUAUUGGUGAUCAAUGUGAGUUAAGUGAGUUAUAACAAGUUGUAUUCUAAAUGAUUUCAGUUCUUUUACACCAUCUUUGGAAAAUGUCUCACAUUUCCUCUUUUUUUUUUGCUAAAAAAAUUCCACUUUUCUUUUUCAAAUGAAAUAAUGGUGUAUAU